GUGUGUGCAGUUGACUAGACUGUAAAGGAGGUGUCACAUAUCCCCUGCAUGAUAUUUUUCUCCUGCUCAUCACAUUCUUAUUCCCCUCAUUAAAUAAGGUGCCUCAAUACUCCCUCCACGCUGGCCGGGUGUGAAGUGGACACGCCGGGGAUGGACGUCUUUUCAUUUGCAUGUUUCGUCCACACCCCUUACGAGAUAACGACAGGACCAAGCCUGCAGCCUCGCCGUCAGAGGGAGAAAGUGACACGGCUCGCCGUGUGUGUGCAGUGAACUGAGGAUACACACAGCGUUUAUCGCGGAUAUAUUUUGUACGUCUUGCGCGAGAGACUCAACGUUGCUCGUGCCAUCCAUUACGUUGAAAGUAUCAGCGCGCGGAUUGAAAGACUCGGAUUUGGAUUUAAACGUCGAUGAUACCAGCCCUGACAAACAUGGAGUCCCUCCAAAGCUGCGUCCACCAUGUCCCUUUCUGUGCGCCCCAGGCGGAGGGUCGUCGGCAGAUCCAUCACUAGGAGCCAGUCCUUCGCCGGAGUCAACUCCUACGAUAAGUCUUACAGGAACCUUUCUGUGUUCAGCCCCUCGGCGUGUGUGAGGAAGACUCCCUCCAGAGCAAGCAGGAUGUUCACGCUCUCUACUAAAUCCCCUCCUCCAAAGGUGCCCCAGCCUGAGAGGCUGGACGAGGUGUACGAGGCCCUGAAGAGAGGACUGCAAUCCUACCUGCAGGUCCAUCAGAUGGAGCUGGACAGUCUGAACAGACAAAUGAAGGAGUCCAAGAGAAACUCUCGCUUGGGUUUUUUGUAUGAACUUGACAAGCAAGUGAAAGUAAUCGAGAGAUUUAUGAGAAGGCUGGAGUUUCAUCUCAGUAAGAUUGACGAGCUCUACGAGGCCUACUGUAUGCAGCGCAGACUGAGAGACGGAGCCGAUAAGAUGGUGAAGGCUUACACAGUCUCUCCAGGCAGCAGGGAGGCCAGAGAGAGUCUGUCUGAAGCUAACAAGAGCUUCAAAGAGUACACAGAGAAUAUGUGCAUGCUGGAGAGUGAGCUUGAGAACCAGCUGGGGGAGUUUCAUGUCAAAAUGAAGGGCUUAGCGGGUUUUGCACGACUUUGUGCUGGAGAUCAGUAUGAGAUCUUUAUGAAGUACGGUCGUCAGCGGUGGAAGCUGCGGGGUCGGAUUGAAAUCAAUGGCAAGCAAGUGUGGGACAGUGAGGAUAUGGUCUUCCUCCCCCUUAUCACAGAGUUCCUGUCUAUAAAGGUGACGGAGCUGAAGAGUCUGGCCAAUCACGUGGUGGUGGGAAGUAUCUCGUGUGAGACGAAGGACCUGUUCGCUGCCCUGCCCCAAACAGUGGCUGUGGAUAUCAAUGACUUGGGCACCAUUAAGCUCAGUCUAGAGGUCACCUGGAAUCCAUUCGACAAAGAUGACCAGUCGUCCUCAGCUAGCACUGUGAACAAAGCUCCUACUGCCAACAAACGCUUCUCUACCUACAACCAGAGUCCUCCAGACACACCCUCUCUACGAGAACAGGCCUUCCAUAAUAUGUUGAGGAGACAAGAGGUUGAUGGAGAGAUGGAGAAUUGAAUAAACGGAACAGCAUGGUCAAACUCCUCCGAAUCCUCUGACGAUUCCUCCAGUCCUCAGCUUUCCUUGGGAAUGCGCCAUGCACACAAAAACUUAGUGCAGCCUGAGGUACAAACUGCUCCUCCUGCCAUUGAAAUCUCAUUUGCAGCCCGUGAAUCUGCGAACUCUACUCCCACCCGCCUGGCAAAACAGAAAGAAGAGGACAAGGAGGGGGAGGAAGAGGAGGAGGAUCUGAAGAAACCAAAGGCCACCAUAACAGUCGCCACUGAGGCUCCCGUGAAACAGGAAGUGCCCAAUGGCCAUCCCCGCUAUUCUCGCUCCCUUAGCCACAUCAGCGAGAACAGCGCAGAUGGUGUUUUGACAGAUAGACUGACUGGGGAAUCUUUGGAGGCCAAUGAAGUGACUUCAGCGGUCUCUUCGGAAUUUGUAAGUGACAUUGCCAUGGAUAUGCCCCACCGAGCAGAACUAUGUUUUGUAGUACCAGACACUCAGGAGAUCUGCCCCAUUCCUGAUCCCUCCACAAGUGAGCCAUCCUAUCCCGCUGAGCCACUGAACUGUUCAGAAAGUAGCUCUCCUGCAGAAACCACAGCUCGUGUCUCUGAAAAAGCUACAGAGCUCACGUCUAGGCCCACCUGUGGAGACAAAGACUCUUUCCCCAAUGCUAAUGCUUUGUCUCAGCAGAUGGACUCCGAAGCUCCUAGUACUGAAUCCUCUCAUGAGCCACACCUCACAAAGACACAAACGGAUGACCUGCUGGCAGAGAAGUCUGUUUCUUUAGUAGACACCGGACCCAUGGAUGAUUUGGAGGGACAAUCAGCAGACAGUGGUUUGGAGGAGGCCCUUGGGGCCGUUUUGUCCUCCCUUGAUGACUACAGAGGCCAGUUCCCAGAACUGCAGGUCCUAGAGCAAGAGCUGAAGCUGUUGGAGGAGGCGCUAACAGUACGGAGUCGUAGUCGCUCAUCCAGUGUCAGUUUGACGGUUGAGACGGCUCUAGGGAGCUUUGACUUCCUUAAUACAUCAGACCUGGAGGAAGAGGAGGAGGAGGAGGAUGGUGAAAGGCACAGUGUGACAGACAGCGCGGAGGAGCGGCCAGCGGCUGUGGAAAGCUCAGGAGAGGAUGAGGGCUGUGAAGCACGAUGUUGGGAUACUCCCUCCGGCCCUCUCAGCACAGGCUGCCCCACUCUAGAUCACACCCUGCUGGUUCAUCUGAAGAACUGCAGCUCGCAGCUGCUGAGGUUAGGCACAUUCGGGCCCCUGCGCUGUGGGGAGAUGUACGCUCUGGACCGACUUCUCAGGGAAGCGAGAGUCCUUGAGCUCAUACGAUGGGUUGUGAAGGACUCGAGGGGCGAAGUCAUCCAGCCAGAGGAGGUUGUUCCUCAGUUAGAUCAGUGCCAAGGGGCUGUGUUGCUAUGGCGGCAGUGCACGGAUGGCUGCAGCAUCUACAGCACCUCCACAGAGGCCUUCUUACAGGCCCUCAGCGACACUUACGCCAGCAGACUCCCUGAGAGAGGAGCCGGUUUCACAGACACAGUGUUUCUGCAUCUGCUGGAGCGGAUCUUGGAGAGGAAGCUGCCCAGGCGUGCAGAGGGUGCGUCCAAAGAGACUCUCACCCUCUUCCAGUUUUGGAGCUACCUGGAAGCAGAGGGGGUGAAUGACUUGGACACACACAUUCCUGAGCUGGCUGAAGAAGUGUUGUUAGUUCAGUGCCUGCAGUCUGGAGAUCAGGAUGUUCUUGUAAAAUCUUUGAAGAAGCCUCCAGAGUGCAGUCUGAAGAGGGAGGGCUUGCGGGCUGUCAGUCUGCUGCUGAGGGAUCCGAGGGGGAAAGUGUGCAGUGCAGCCAGCUCCCUGCUGCGGAGUCUAGCUGACCAAACCCGCCACAGGGAGAGGGCACUGGUGAGCUGUCUAGAGUUGCUGGAGGAUGAAAGUGUUGAGACGCGGGUGUGUGGAUGUAAAUCACUCGCAUGCCUGAAGGCCACAGAGAGCAUCGAGCAGCUGGUGUAUCUGUGCCGGACAGAUAAGGAGGAUGUGAGGGAUGCUGCCAAACAAGCUCUGCUUGUGCUAGGUGAGGAGGGGAAGAUGGCCCAUCGACACCUCGAGUCCUCACAAGAUGGAAUGUCGCGGCUUUUUGUGCCUGGCAGCAUGGCCAGUACAGCUUUCUGACACAAUCAACUGACCGAUACCUGUCGAAAAUAAUGUACUUGUGUUUCAGUAUCCUCACCGUCGUGAUCAUGCCAAUUACAAACUAUAAAUGCACACUAUUAAAAACUAUCAAACCGUUUUAAUGACGAAUCAGCUUAAUCACACUCUUGCAGAUAGAGUGUCAGCAUUGUCCUCAAAGAUGUGGACGGAUGUUAUACAAUCAUUGGACAAGAAGACUUGUAUAUCAGUCUGUAUGUUAUUAAUAUUUUGGAUAUGGCCUAAGAUGAACUACUGUAAAGUGAUGAGGUAAGAUACAUAGGUGGCAAUGGGUUUAUAAAGAGUAUUUCCCUGCCUUAAGAUUUGGCCCAAUGGUGUUGCCUUCAUCAUUCGUGGAAUGAAGCUGGACCCUGAUCAGCAAUACAAGUGAUGACUGAUACUGAAAGGAGAUAAAGUGUUAUUUUCACUUUAUUGCUUUAUUGGGCAGCGACUACCUGCAGAAUACACAGAGAAUCUGAUUGUCCACUUGUGCUUGUGUGUGUACACAGUGAUUGGAGAAUGUAUGCUGGUAGCAGAGGGGGGUCUCUUGAGAAUUACUUCCUUAUUCAUCCCAAACUUAAAUAGGGACCUUGUUGCCAUAGUAACAGUGCCAUUCCAUACUGUCAUAUGCUUUAUUGAUACAGAAUAUAUAUCUAUAUUCCAUUGGAAGUAUAAAUGUUUUGUGUUAUAAUUUUGUUUAAAUGCUCAGUAGCCAAUACAGAUCUGAUUUGAUUCACCAUGCACUUCACAUUUAAGCCACAAUGGCGUUUUAAUAUCUGCUGUAAAAGUGGUGAAACUGUUCAUUUUUUUUUUUUUUUAUCAAGAUGUCAUCUUUAUUAUGAGUGAAAGCUGUAAACUGUGGUGAAGAUUGCCUUUUGUGAUAGGUUCUGACAACCUUUCCACGCUUGUGAUCUGUAGAACGGCCAUAGAUCAUGUUUGACUCGGAGCAUCUCUCCAGUGCUGCUAGACAGAAAGGUUCGGAAGUGGAACCAGAGACGGUUCAUUCAUUUUUACAUAACAUUGUUUUCUAGUUCAAGCUGUUCCAGACUUAAAUAUGACAAAGAACGCCUCUUCAGUGUAUAAGUGCCUCAAAGUAGUAUGGGGGAGCAAGAGAAUUAGAUAGACUUUAUUUAAAACUCAAGACUGCGGUUUAGGAUUACAAACUGCAGAACAGAUUUAAAUAUAUUUUUCAUUAUUAUCUACAGAUUGUGCGGCAUUAAAGAAGUGAUUUACUUUUGAUUUUUUUUAUUUACUCCUAAAUAUGUAUAUUGUCUGACAAGGAUAUUGCUGACACCAACUGUAAAGGAAACUAUUAAAAUUAUGGACACGAAAA